ACGGGGGACGACUCAAGAUGGCGGCGCCCUGCGCGUUUGAGCCGUGGCUGGAGGGGCGCCUGGAGGCGCUGGGCCUGGACGGGGACGUGUACGGUGGAUACAUACGAGGCUUGUUGCGGGAGGCGGAAUGCGACGCCGAGAGGCUGGAAGGGCUGGUGGGAGCGCUGGCGGCGGGAGAACCGGAUGAAGAUGUGUUACAAGACGUUUGUGAGGAAAUAGUUAAAAGAUGGUCAGAGACCCAAAAUGCUGGAACCAAUGAGAAAAAAGGAGAUGAGAUCCAAGCCAUUGCCAACAUAAUAGAAAAGCAGGCACAAAUUGUGACGAAGCCCAAGGAAGUAUCAAAGGAGGAGACACUACAAAAAGCUGCCCUCCUGGCACAGUAUGCUGAGGUGACAGAUGAAGAAUAUGAAACAGAUGCACAAGAUGACCGUGGGGCAGCAGCAGUGACCAUCAAUGCUGAAAAAUCUUUGUUCAAAAACACAAACCUGGAGGAUGUUAUAAAUGCCCGGAAGCUGGAGAGGGAGCAUCUGCGUGAUGGGUCACAGAGGAAGAAGGAGCAAGACAAGCUUCAGAGGGAGAAAGACAAGUUGUCUAAGCAAGAACGUAAGGAGAAAGAGAAGAAGAGGACACAGAAAGGCGAGAGGAAGCGAUAGCCAAGACAACUGCCAGGCUUUUCUCCUUUCUGCUCUCCCCACCCCACCCCCACCGCCCUCAGCAUGUGCACACACACACAUGUAUACAUAACAUACACAUAACAUGCUCAGCAAAAGGAACCUCUUUGAACAUUUCAGGGGGUGAUUUUAAAGCAGCAACAAAUUCUAGGUGAGGAAGGGGGCGUUUUUCUAACUCUAACUUGAAGUACUGAAAGAAAACUCUGUGUAUACACACCUUGUUGAGUGAUGCCCAUCUUUGGUGGCUUUUUUUUCCUUGUCACUUUCUUACAUUUAUUAACCACAUAAGGGGAAACUAAAUUUGAGGAAACGAGUCUGAAAUUUCUCUGCAUAUUCACUGAAAGGUUGCUUUUGAUUGGUAGAACUGAGCAAAAACCAGUUUCCCACAAACAUAAGCCAGGUAGGGUUAAUACCUCUUGACAAACUUAUGAAUUAAGUCUGCUUCACCUCACUUACUAUUCUGCACUUAAAGUGACCCAAAGUGAUUUCCCCUGGUUGGGGCUUGGUUAGUGUAACUUCAGCAAGGCUUUAUUAUUGCCAUCUAAGUAAAGUUCUGUGAAUUUAAUUUGAA